AUCACGUCGGGGUCACAUUGAUCUUUUUUUUUUAAUUCACUUUUUAGAUUAUUCUACGACGAACUUAGAUAUUUCCGAUUUGAAACGACAUUGAUUUUCAAGGUAUACUUUCUUGUGUUCACACAGUCUCGGUGUUGGAUAAACGCGUUCCCGGCUAUUUGACACAUUGGUUGUUUUUCAUUGUAGAUUUAAAAAAAAAAUACUGCAUGUAAAUGGGUAAAUCAGAAGACUCUGAUACUAAAAAUUCAAGAAACAAUACCACCACGGUUGCUGAUCAAAAUAUAGUUAAAGACAUGGACGUGUAUAAGAACAUUGUUUUAUUUGAAGAAGAAGAGUCAUUAAAAAGAUCAUCAGAAGAAGAUGCCCAAAAAUUUUAUGAGACUUGUAACCUCAUUCGCAAAAAUAUGGCUUUAAUCUCUAAACUUAAAUCUAGUACUGACACUAAUACAAAAGAUCAAAUAAAAGAAUUCCAGAUAGAAACAGCAUUGGCUUUCAUGGAGUUGAAAAAACUUAAUCGUAUGGAGAAAUUUAGGACAAAGCAUGCUCGAGAUUCAUUGAAUACAGCUAAAGCAAAUGUGGAUAAUAGACAUUUGCAAUUACAAAAUUUAAUAUAUGAAGUAAUACAUUUAAAAAAGGAAGUUAUGAAAUGUUUACAAUUCAAAUCUAAAGAUGAAAAGAUUAAAUUAGUUUCUGAAGAGGAAUUUUACAAGGAUGCUCCAGAAUCAGUUACGAGACCUAGUGUUACGUUGAAUGAUCCUCAUCAACGAAGAUUAGCUAGACUUGAGUGGGAGUUAACACAAAGGAAACAAUUAGCAACCUUAUGUGAUAAUCUUACUGAAACUAAGAAAAGUGUUGCUACAAGCAUAGAAUCCAAACAAUCUCGUUUAGAUAAUUUAGCUCCUCAGUUGCGUGGCAUUUUGGAGGCAAGUAAACCACUACAAGAAAGUCUUGGAUUACCAUUAGAUAAACUUAAAUUGGAACAUGAGAAAGCUGCUUUACUUUCACCAUCUCUGUAUAUUCUCUAUGCAAAAGCAUCCGCAUUCAGAGAUGCUUGUGAUUCUACAUUGAUGGUGUCAGUUGAAGGUGAUGAAGAUGAAGCAAAGCGAGUUUCUAAUCAAGACGGUGGUCAAGAAUCAGAUUCUGAUAAUGAAAAUCAGUCAGAAAAUCAGCCAGAAGAACCUCCUGUACAUAAAAAGAGACAUCACAGAAUAUCAAAAGAAGCAAGACAAGAAGAAAAGAAAAUUCGAUUACUCCAAAAACAUCCUCUCAGUGUGAAGCUCAUUGUUUCAUUCAAAGAUGAUACAAAACUUAAAUUGCAGUUUUACUAUUUAACUGUAUUAAAAGUUAUUACUGUAGAGUCGGAUUUACUGACAGUAAAUCUAGGCGGUAUUAGUGUCGGUGAUAUGCUAGUAUCAGAAUCCGUUUUGCGUGAAUUAUAUCCUGGAGACACAGGAUUGGAAAGUCCAAAUCCCGCAAAUACGUAUCAGUUAGCGAGGCAUAAGCUUGAUUCAUUUUCAUCAUUAAAUCUAGGCAUUCCAUAUAGAUGGGCACAAAGGAUGGCAGGCUUACAUUUUGUUCCAAUCGAUGCUCGAGAACAAAAAUCUGUUAUCCAGGACAAUGCUCAGGACAGCGUUGAAAGUGUACUGAGAGAAAUCAACAAGCGUGUUAAGGCAAGAUUAGAUUUGUGCGCAGAAAUACGUCAACUAGAAACAGGAAGUAUGCCAGUUCUCUCGGGUACAAUAGAUCCGAUACCUCAAAAAGUAUGCACCACUCUCCACAAAUUCGUUAUCUCAUCGUGGAAGAAUUACUGCAGUUCAUUCCGUUGUUCUGAAUUAUCCCAAGAUUUUAUUUCGUCUUCGGACAUCUUUUACGAAGCAGUUUUACGACGAGGCAACAAUGAACUAACCGCUUUUAUUGCAAUCAAACCGGAUUAUCCGAAAGUGAGCUCGAUCUUUCGUAUAAAAUUCCACGAUAAUUUGCCAGCAGGUGUGGAUGUGUUGCGUGAUAUCGAACGCGAAGUAAAUGUUUUGUGGGAAAAACCACCAACUUUAUCAGCACAGCUUCAACGACUACGAUCAUGCUUCGAUAUCUAUUUGGAAACGGAGGGUUUGGCUCCUCGAGAAAAAAUCUUCUUCCAUCCAGUGCGUGGCAGGACGCGAUCAAGACCUUACAAGUAUGUCGAACUCGGCGGUGGAAUAUUCACUCAUCGUUAAAAGCCAUUAACAUUUUCAACUUUGUUUUCUUUUAUAUUUAAGUGAAAUACGAUUUUACAAUCAAUUAUUUAAAUAGUCAAGAUUUUUUACAAGUGUUUGUAUGCGAUAAAUUUUUUUCUUUACACUGUCAAACAUUUUUUUUUGAAUCAAUUUGAAUGUUAUGUAUUUUUUUUGUAAAAACUGCUAAGUUUGCGCAUAUUCACAGGACUAUCAUAAAAAUAUCAAAAACCACCGGUCUGUUUUCUUUUUUUACGACGUGUAAACCAUUUAGUAUUGGCAUAUUGUCAUUUGGCUGAGAAAUUAGGUUAGAAUACUGUAUACUAAAAGGCAUAGAAUACAAUUGAAUU